UUCGAGAAUGUUAUCCAGCUGCGUUGGAGUGAAAAAAAUAUAAGAAUAAGAUAAAAAGAGAUAGAGAGCACUCAAGUUGCGUUUUAAAACGUAUAUUUCAAUAGUAGAGUUUCUUUGCUAGUUUCUAGCUAACAUUUGUAUAUCUCCGGAAAAUUAAUUCUCUUAUUGAAUAUGAAUGUUGUACGUCAGAUGUCGACGCAAUGUGAAUCCUCUAAACUCCUCUUUUUAAAUGAAUUCAUGACAUCCGUAUGCAACGGCAGAAUUUGUUUGUAAUUCUCGGAGAAGAUAAAUAUUCCUUUUGACGUUUUAAAUCUUUAUCAAAGUAAAAACGUAAUUUUCUGCCAUUGACUACUUCGAACAUUGGAAAUAGAGAGCUUGUACAAAAAGACCGAACCGGAUGUUCGUGGGUUCAUCAAAAAGGCGCGCAUAGUGAACGAAGAGGCGCGUAAUAAUGAUUGAGAGUGCCUACAGAUUAUAUUGAGCAUGAUUUCGUUCUGCCCAAGAAAAAAAGCAUCUCUCCUCCUUUGAUUGCGUUCACGUGUAACUCGAAUCGCAGAGAUAGUGAGUGUACAUACACCACGGAAAAAGCGCCAACAGAUCAUUCUUACCUCGUUAAAGUGAUUGUAAUAGGUUAUACUCUAUAAAGAACGUACGAAUACGUUAAUCGCAUUUAAUAAAGUUCACGUGUGGCAUAAAGUGUUCAGAGUAGUUUUAAGAACGAAGUAUUUGGUGUGAGGCCGAUUUUUUUAUCAAGAUGGAUUCACUAUCAGAUGAUUCAGAAUUGCAGAUUGGAAUUGAGGAUGAUAAACUCCUAGACGAAAUUCUAUGUAUGAACACUAGCAAGCCUAUUGAAUCGCCCAUUGAAUUGCCCGAAAAAUCGCAGCAAAAUGGCACGAAAAAGGAAGAAGCUUGGAAAAAGAAUAUCUUUAAAACUAAGUCUUGGUACGAAGAAAUAGAAAGUACGAAUGAUACUAAGAACGUGCAGGACAAUAAAAUUUCGAAUGCACAAAAUGACGAUAAUCAUACUUGUAAAACACUUGAAAAAAGUACAAACAAUAUGUGUAUAGAGUUCAAAGACAAUGUACAGAAUAAGCCAAAGGAGUCAAAUAUCAGCAAUAAGAGGAUGAGGGAAGAUAAUACGGAUGACAUAGAGAUCAAGGUUUCUCGCAGUAGAUGUUACAGCGACUCCAGCUCAACCACUAAUUCAUCUGAUGGUGGUAGAAAACAUAUGGAAUACGAAAGAGAGACUGAUCCAAUUGUUCUGGCACGUAGACAAAAAGAAAUAGAUUAUGGGAAAAACACUAUCGGAUAUGAUAGAUAUAUCCAAGCAGUUCCUAAGGAUAAACGUACACGAGAACAUCCAAGAACACCACCCAAAUAUAUAAAAUAUAGCAGAAGAGCUUGGGAUGGUAUGGUAAAAUUAUGGCGAAAACAACUUCAUUCUUGGGAUCCUCCUGAGGAAGAGAAAACCAAUUGAACUGGGAACAGUCUGUCAAGAAACUACAAAUCAUUCUUUUUAUUUAUAUUGUGAUCGUGGUUCUUAAUCAUUUUUUAGUUUCUUAAUACUUAUUUGUUGCAUAUUAUUUCUUAGUACUUGUUAUAAUUUACAAUACACUUGUAAACAUAAAUAAUCAUACAUUAAAUAUAAGAAUCACUGCAGGUUUUUAUGUUUUCAUAUA